AUGGUUCUUGAAAUAGAUGUUAGAAUCCUAAAAAAUAAAGAAACUUUAGUAGAGAUACUUCCAAAAUUAUAUGAAAUUCUCUAAACUGGAAGGACAUUAACAAUUUCUUGGCCUAAAAAUUAAAAAGACAUUUAUUAUGAAUAUUUCAAAGAUAAUCAAAAAAUCAAGAAUUUAAGUCAAUAUUAAACUCUUCUUAAUUUAGUAGAAGCAACAUUACCUUAUCCAGAUCUAUAAAGCAAAAUGUAAUUUUAACAUUUUACUAUCUAGAAUUGUAACUCUUGCCUUAUAUCAUGUUGAAUAAAAGUAAUAUCUUGAAGUUUUAAAGUAUGUUAAAAUGUUAAAUCAAAAGAAAAUACAUUAAUCUCUUAGACAAUAAUAUCUCUUUACAUUGAAAUAUUUAAAAUAAAAUGUUAAUGAGAUUUAAGACAUUAAUUAAGUAUAAAUAAUUAUUGAUAUAUUGCUUUAUGAAAAUUAAAUAUCUAAAGAGGAAAUCAAGUAAUUUUAUGUAUUAUUUAUUAAAUAUUCUAAGGAACAAAAGAAAAUAGAUAUUGAAAAAAAUGAAUAAAUAAAUAUUUGGUUUAUUGAAUAAAUUUGGAAUUAUGAAAAAAAUAAUUUUAAACUUUUGGAUAUAUUAUUUCAAUAUUAUACUAAUUAAAAUAAUCAUGAAAAAGCAGAAUAAAUAUUUAUGUCUUUUGCAAAUUUAUAGCAUCAUUAAUAUAUUGGAUUAAAUUAAAUAAAUGUUGAAUUUGAUUUAUGUAAAAAAGAAUAUGAAAAAAAUCUUAUUGAAAUUGACUCCUUAUCUACUAUUUUUGAAGAUAAAAAUACAACUGAUGAAUCUUUACUUUUUUAAUAACAAUCAUUAUAAUCUAUAACAAGAUUAAUAGAACUAAAAUAAAAAGUUGGUUGUCCAUUAGUUGAUAUGAUUUAUUUAUAUUAAAAAUAAGCAUAGAUUUAGAAAUCCAGAUCUGAUUUAGAUUUAGCCAUAAAAACACUUAUACAUUGUUUAGAAUUAAUUAAAGCUGAAAAAUUGGUUAAUUAUAAUUCUAGAAUUAUAUUAUUAGAAUCUCUAUGUUAUGAUCAACUUGGAGAUUAUUAAAGAUCAAAGAAUUUAUUAUAAGAAGCACUCCAAUCCUUUUAGGACUCUAACAGUUUAAAAGAAGAAAUUAAAGAUAAAUGUGAUCCAAAAAAAUUAAUUUAUACUAAAAUGUACUUAGCCAGUACAUAUUAUAAAUUAAAAAACUUAGAAAAAUCAUUGGAAAUAUUUUAUUAAGUUUUAAAAAUAUAAUAACAUGUAAUUUAUAUUAUUUUAUGAUAGGAAGACUAUGAAAGUCAUCUUAUAGGUUCAACCUAAAACAAUAUUGCAUCAAUUUUAUUAAAUUAAGGAAAAUUUAUAGAAGCUAAAGAAAUUUGUGAAUAGGCAAUUGAAAACAUAGGUAAAAAAUAUACAGACUCUGAUCCUGUAAUGAAGAAAGUUAAACAACUUAAAGAAAAAAUAGAUGUUUCAGUAUCAUCACAAAAAACUUAAUGA